AUGGUACGUUUGCCUUCUCUUGUAUCGUCCAUCAUCCGCAGCACAGGACCCCGCUACAUCCACAGCAUCACGAUGGCUACUGAUGUGACAUCAACGCCGGCAAACGAGUAUUCCGUCGCGUUCGUAACCGUGCCGGACAAUACGGUGGCGGUUAAUAUGGCCCGGCAGCUUGUUGAAAAAAGCUUGGUGGCAUGUGUUAAUAUCAUCCCCGGGCUGACGUCCAUUUACGCGUGGGAGGGUAAGAUAAACGAAGAUUCGGAAGUGUUGAUGAUGAUCAAGACGCGUACCAGCCGUGUGGAGGAGUUGAUCAAAUUCGUACGUGAAAUCCACACAUACAGCGUGGCGGAGGUUAUUGCAUUUCCAAUCGCGAGUGGCAAUGCACCGUAUCUGGAUUGGAUUGGAAAAACUGUCCCUAAAAGUGGCACUGCGUAA